GGGCGGCAGCGGGCGGCGUGGAUGGAUCGCAAGGCGGCGAAGCGGGUGGCCGUCGUCGGCGCCGGCACGAGCGGGCUCGCCGCGUGCAAGCACCUCCUGGCGCGGGGCUUCCGCCCGGUGGUCUUCGAGGCGGGCGCCUCCGUUGGCGGCCUGUGGACGCGCACGCUCGCGUCCACCAGGCUGCAGUCGGCCGCCGCGGGGUACCGCUUCUCCGACUUCCCGUGGCCGGAGGGCGCCGACGAGUUCCCGUGCCACGGCCAGGUCGUCGAGUACCUCGCCGCCUACGCGCGUCGCUUCGGCGUCGACGGGUGCGUCAGGCUCCGGAGCAAGGUGGUGGCCGCGGAGUACGUCGGGGCCGGGGCGGACGACGCGGAGCUGUGGGCAGGCAACGGCGAGGCGUUCGGCGGCGACGGCGCGGGCCGGUGGCGGCUCACCGUGCGGCACGCCGAUGACUCGCACGACACCACGCAGACGUACGAGUUCGACUUCCUGAUCCUGUGCGUCGGGAGGUUCAGCGGCGUGCCCAACGUCCCGGCGUUCCCGGCCGGCGGCGGUCCCGACGCGUUCCGCGGGCCGGUGCUCCACUCCAUGGACUUCUCCGACAUGGACGACGCGGACGCCGCCGCGCUGGUCAGGGGCAAGCGCGUCGCCGUCGUCGGCUCGGGCAAGUCCGCCUUCGACAUCGCCGCCGAGUGCGCCGACGCCAACGGCGCCGAGCUGCCGUGCACGAUGGUCUGCAGGAGCCCGCAGUGGCUGCUGCACGACGUCAGCGUCUGGGGCGGGCUCCACCUCGGGCACCUCUACAUGAAUCGGUUCGCGGAGCUGAUGGUCCGCAAGCCCGGCGCCGGCAUGGCGUCGAGCCUUCUCGCCACCUUGCUCACGCCAUUGGCGUGGCUGAUAUCGAAGCUGACGGAGGCGUACUACAAGAAGGCGAUACCGAUGCGGGAGUUCGGCAUGGAGCCGGAGCUCGGGUUCGCGGGGGCCAUCGCGUCGUGCAAGAUCGGCAUGCUGCCCGAGGCGUUCUACGACAAGGUGAGGCGCGGCGGCGUCGUCCUCCGGCGGUCGGGGAACUUCAGCUUCUGCGAGGACGGCCUGGUGCUGGACGGCGCCGACGGCGGGUGCGUCGUCGUCCCCGCCGACCUGGUGAUUCUCGCCACCGGCUUCCGCGGCGACCAGAAGCUCAGGGACAUGUUCGUCUCGCCCCGGGUGAAGGACAUCGUCGCUGGCUCGCCGGACACCACCGUGCCUCUCUACCGGGAGUGCGUGCACCCUCGGAUCCCGCAGAUGGCGGUGAUCGGGUACGCGGAGAGCCUGACCAACAUCUACGCGAUCGAGAUGAUGGCCAAGUGGGUGGCGCGGUUCCUGGACGGCGCGUUCCGGCUGCCGAGCGUGCGGCGGAUGGAGCGGAGCGUCGCGGAGUGGGGCGCGUACAUGAGGCGGAGCGGCGGGGAGAGGUUCCGGCGGUCCUGCCUCGGCGCCGUCAACAUCUGGUACAACGACGAGCUGUGCCGCGACAUGGGCUGCGAACCCAGGAGGAAGAAGGGCCUCCUCGCCGAGUGGUUCCAGCCCUACGGCGCCGUCGACUACGCCGAUAUCCAGUGACGCUUUUUCCCACAGGUACUGGCAUGGCUGCUUCCAUCGAUCUUUACGCUCACGACCCUCCAGAUUCCAGCCGGAGACGGGGGUUGUUGACUGGUUGAGCACAGGAGCCAGGAGGAACGAGAGGUUUGCAGACUGGCUGCUCCGUUAUGGGCCAGCGGAUUCCGCAGACAAUAAUCAAAUUGGAUGUUUUCACCAGGUUCUGUCCCGUGGACUCAUUUUUUCAAGGGUGAACCAUUCUGGGUCAAUGUCAAGGUGAUGUUCCAACUGAACGUUUCGUAUCAACUGAAUAACUUGUUAAGCGCACACGAAACACGUUUAAGUUCAGAAUAAUAUAGGAGACCUUGUUCUCCAACUCUCUUAUGACGAUCAGACCUAACUUGCAAGAUGUCCCAGUGUAACCUGCACCAACAAAAAGGGCAUUACCCAGCAGAAAGUGGUAAUGGAUCUAAAUGACACCAAUCCUUAUCUAGCUAGAUAUCCAGCUAGAUGUCAUUCGCCACUCAAACAAGCCCGCAUCUGAUAAAGUGUCAUCAAAAUGCACUCAAGUGAAUCACAAGACUUCCAAGCCAACGUGGAAUUGUGUCAGUGCUCAUAUAUAUAUUUGCAGUUUAUGCCAUAGGCGAGUUUCUAUAGGAGAACUAAGACAAUCCUAGCAAUUUGACAGUUGCAACACAAUGUAUGUAACAUCGCAUCAUCCUCAACAACACAAGAAAGUGCUCACUAGCUAACAUUGGAUGCUGUGUUGAUAUGUAUUUAACUUUGAAAGGGACAUAUAACAAACAAGCAUUUAAAAACUCAGUCAGAUUUUCUGCAAGGAUUCCCGGGCUCCCACUGAACACAAAAGACAGACAGCGAGUAGGCUGACAGGAAUAAACCAUGAAACAACCAAAGAACCAGGCAAGUGGUGGUUGUUCGGCCUUUGGCCCCAUCUGAAAAGAUCUAGCAGCUAAAAAAAAUCUAAAUUAUCCAAAGAAUCAAACGUGAACAUUGCAUAAAAGACACAGACUCCCCUCCCUCCUCCCUCUGGCUUCCUCCCUCCCAAAAAGUAGAGCAAGAGCAUGGAGAGGAAUAGGGUGGGCAUUGUUGGCGCAGGUGUGAGUGGCCUAGCAGCCUGCAAGCAUGUGCUCGACAAGGGAUUUAGCCCAGUGGUGUUUGAGGCUGACAGAAGCAUCGGUGGAGUAUGGGCGCAUACCUUGGAGUCGACAAGGCUUCAAGCGCCAACAACAGCAUACCGCUUCUCAGAUAUGGCUUGGCCAGAGAGUGUGACAGAGGCAUACCCAAGCCACCACAAGGUCAUGAAGUAUAUAAGGUCAUAUGCAUGCAAAUUUCAACUCCUCAAGUACAUCAAGUUCAAUAGCCAGGUGCUUGGUGUUGUGUACCUUGGUGCGACUGAGGAAGAGAUAAUGAGCUGGGAGCAAUGGUCUACCAAUGGGACAGCAUUCGGAACUGGGAAAGAUGGAGGGUGGCGCAUCACAGUGAAAGACUUGAAGGUCGGUGAUACUCAGGUUUUUCAAGUGGAUUUUCUCAUUCUGUGCAUUGGAAGGCAUAGUGGAACCCCAAAUAUUCCCAAAAUUCCGGCAAACGGACCUGAGUUGUUCAAGGGCAAAAUAUUGCACUCACUGGACUACUCUUACAUGGAUAAUGUGGCUCAUUUUGUUAAGGGGAAACACAUCACAAUAAUUGGCUCUGGAAAAUCAGCAUUUGACAUAGCUGCAGAGGUUGCGAAGGUGAAUGGUGAGUACAGAAUUAGCGCUUCGCUACUAGAAACAGUCCUUCAGUAAAGGUUGACUUCAAUUUCAAUGCAGGUGCAGUUCAGCCAUGCACCAUCAUAUAUAGAACAAGACACUGGCUGGUCCACAAGUCUAGCAUAUGGGGCGUUGACCUCAGUUACUUCUAUCUAAAUCGCAUCUCGCAGCUGCUACUUCAUAAACCUGGUGAAGGAUUUCUACGUUAUAUGUUGGCUACUGCACUGUCUCCCUUGCGAUGGGCGAUCUCAAAAGUGAUCGAAACUUACUUCAAGUGGAGCAUUCCCUUACAAAAGCAUGGGAUGGUACCUGACUACAGCUUCUCUUUUGCUAUGUCCUCAUGCUCAAUUGCAAUGCUGCCAGAAGGGUUUUAUGACAGGGUUGACGAAGGCAGCAUUAUUCUCAAGAAAUCCAAGGCAUUCAACUUCUCCAGUGAUGGAAUCAUCCUGCAAGACAGAAAGGAAAGAAUAAAAAGUGAUAUUGUGAUUCUAGCAACAGGAUUCAGAGGAGAUCAGAAGCUUAGGGACAUCUUCACAGCAAAUUGGUGUAGAAAGAUAGUGGCAGGAUCACCGGAUACAUCAGCUCCUCUAUACAGAGAAUGCAUCCAUCCGCGUAUUCCUCAGUUGGCAAUAGUUGGGUACUCUGAAAGCCUUACUAACAUAUAUGCCUCAGAGAGGAUGGCCAAUUGGGUUGCCCAUUUCCUGGCUGGUGGUUUCAAAUUGCCAAGCAUAACAUGCAUGGAAAAGAGUGUAGCAGAAUGGGCCAAGUACAAGAAUAUAUACAACGGCAAGUAUUUUCGCAGGUCCUGCAUAAGCACCAUUAACAUCUGGUUAAAUGAUCUGUUAUGCCAAGACAUUGGAUGCAACCCUAAAAGGAAGAAAGGGUUCCUGGCUGAAUGGUUCCAGCCGUAUGGACCUGCUGAUUAUGCAGGUCUCUCCUACAGGUAGUUGCAUCUGUCUUAGUCCAUAUUCAUAGGGAAUGAUGAAGAGACCAGAGUUAUUACAUCCAUGACUGUACAGACGAUUUAGAAGGGCUUUAUCUUCAAAAGUUACUGUUACUCUCAGUAUAGGAGAAUAUUUCCACAA